AAUAAAAAUAUAUAUGUAUAAAUUUUAGUGCAUCUAUUAUUUAUUAUAUACAAUAUUUUAUAAAAUAAAAAUAUUAAAUAAGUAUACUUUCUAUAGAGCAAACAUACUUGAUAGAAAUUUUCAACUGGAACUUAACAGAAGUUCAACUGCCAUCUCUUGGAAAGAUUAUCAAUUAAGAAGACCGUUUUAAAAAAUUCAAAAAAUAGCUAAAAAGUAUUAUAAUGGAAUAUGAAAUAAAAAAAACUUCAAUAAAAGAUAUGUUUACACAUAAAUUUUUAUAAAUAUUUUAAAUAAAUUAAUAGUACGUUAGUAUUUUUCUUUUAAAUAUAAAUUUAUUUUAAUAAUAUAAUAAUAAACAAAAUAAUCGGUAUCUGCGCAGAAAGUUCAUCUGAGCUUGAUUAAGUUUAACGAAGCAUGUUUAAUUGUUCAUCAGUCUGAAAACUAAUCUUUGUAGAAAAUGUCGUUAGUUACAUAUAGCGUUUUAUUUUUUAUUAUUACAUUAAUAAAAAUUCCCAUUUCAGAUAUAUAUGCUUCAAAAAUUUACACUUUAGACGUUCCACUCGUUGUCCGUAAUGGAACGGGACCAAUUGACCUUUCCUGUAUUUAUAAUAUCAAAGAUAAAGAAAACGGUCUCAUAAUAAAAUGGUAUCAUAAUAUUGACCAAAUUUAUCAAUGGAUACCACCAAUGCCACCUCAAGAUACAGGAGUAAUAAAUGGAUUUACCGAAUAUUCUGAACAAAAUUUAAGAUAUUUUAAUUCAAGAUCUAUCAUACAUUUAAAAAUGGCCAUUGUUGAAAUGAGUGGACAAUAUACUUGUACAAUUAGCACAUUUCAAGAAAAAGAUAUGAAAAGAACAAAAAUGAUUGUUUAUGUGCCUGAAACUGAUAUAAUUAUUCAUGUUUCUUCUUUCAAUAAAAAUCAUUUAAAUUUAACAUGUAUAGCAAACGGAGCACAGCCACGACCAAUACUAAAAAUUUAUAUAGAAGGAAUUGAAGUAAAUAAUUAUUAUGAUAAAACUGUAAAAAUAUUGGAAUAUAAGACUAUUCUUUCUGCAAAACGCAGUGCAAUCAUAAAAAAUCCUCUAGAACCAUUACUUUUGGAGUGUGAAAUUUCUAUACCAUAUACGGAUUAUAAGCGCAGAAAAAAAAUCAUUUAUUAUCCCACACAAAUGCUAUCACGAACGAAUAUUGCAUCAAACUAUCGAAUUGAUAGUAUUAUUAUUAUUUUCUAUAUAGUGUUAUUAUUAAAAUAAAUAAAUACAUGUCGGAAAUAUAACAAAAAUAUAAAGAAAAGUUCGCAAUUACUAU